UCAAAUUUGCGCGGGUUGGGGACUGGGGUAGUCAUGGCUGCCUUCCGCGACAUGGAGGAGGUGAGCCAGGGGCUGCUCAGCCUGCUGGGCACCAAUCGCGCCGAGGCUCAGCAGCGACGGCUGCUGGGGCGCCACGAGCAGGUGGUGGAGCGGCUACUGGAGACGCAAGACGGUGCCGAGAAGCAGCUGCAUGAGAUCCUCACCAUGGAGAAGGAAGUGGCCGAGAGCCUUCUCAGCGCAAAGGAGCAGAUGCACCAGGGUGGUGUGGAUCUGCAGCAGCUGGAAGCUGGGCUUCAGGAGGCCAGGGAGGAGGACACCCAGCUGAAGGCCAGCCUCCUGCAGCUCACCAGAGAGCUGGAGGAGCUCAAGGAGAUCGAGGCGGAUCUGGAACGACAGAAGAAGGAGGUCGACGAGGAUACGACAGUCACAAUCCCCUCAGCUGUGUACGUGGCUCAACUUUACCACCAAAUUAGUAAAAUCGAGUGGGAUUACGAGUGUGAGCCAGGGAUGAUCAAAGGCAUCCAUCAUGGCCCAAGUGUGGCCCAGCCCAUCCACCUUGACAGCACCCAGCUCUCCAAGAAAUUCAUCAGCGACUACCUCUGGAGCCUGGUGGACACCAAGUGGUAGCCAGGAGCCUCUUUGCUGCAUCUUGCACCCAGCGGGCAUCUGCCACCAUCAGAUCCGUUUCAGCUCCCACAGGUGUUAGAGACAGAGGAAGCAGGGUACCCGAGAGGAGCUGGGAGUUAAGCAAGGGACAGGGCUGUGAGGGGUGGGACGUAAUUGAAGGGACAGGAGCUCAGCCAUGGCCAUUUUUCCCUGUGACCUGUUGGUGUGGUGGAUACCACCACUUAGGCUUUCCUUUGGGGACUCACGGGUCCUGUGGCUUACAGAGGAGCCCAUCUCUGGCUCCAGGGUGGACUCUGUGUCAGAGACCAUGAGAUGUGUCUUUUGUCACUCGUUCUCCCCUCCCUCCUUCAUAAAGGGAGUCCUUUUAGCUGCCCAGUUAAAACAACACAUCCCAGCACCCUUGUAGUUAAUGUCCAGC